CUCUGCCUCUGCCUCUCUCUCUCUCUCUCUCUCUCAGUCGAACAGAGCGCUGAUUGAUUGUUUAUUACGUACUUUUUGUGUCCGAUUUCGUUAAUUCAUUCAUUUCCCUGCCAGCUGUCGCUUGCCAUCGCACCAUCCUCCCACUGGGAAACGAUCACAACAGAUGCUGGACCCCCCCUCCUUGCUGAUUCGCUGCCCACAGACCAGGCGAUAAUGGCCACUCCUUCGAUGGUCCCCUCCUCGCUGUCGAGCUCCUCCAGCGUCACCCUCCCCAAGUUGCCUGCACUCGGCAUCAUCCUCGGCAUCUCCGUCUUCGUCUCCCUCGUUAUUUGCUACAAAGUUUACAGCCAAUUCUUACCGGACUUCUCCCCCGUCAUCCUGAAGAUCUGUGCGUGGAUCUGCCCUCCCCGGAAAGGCCUAUACGAUCCCUCUGCACGGGAGUCGUUUUUUUGUGUUGAAGCUGAACAGCUUGACUGUCAAGCAGUGGCAAUGGUCAGCCACUCUACCGAGGCUCGAUCCGCUGCUGAACUCGAGUUGGCAACCAUGUGGGACACCUCUGAAGCUCAAUCCACUGCUGAACUCAGUGCGAGAGCAGCUAACACAUCUGUUGAUGGCCAUGGACCCUGCUCACUGCAGAGUUGCAAGGGUGUGCUCCCGUUCCCUACACGCCAGUUCAGCUGCAACAGGCAGCCCGAGGUCGAACAUAUUAACAUCAAUGUCAUGACCGCUAAGGAACUCAAGGUCCUCUGUCGAAAGCUUGGCCUGAGCCAGACCGGUACCAGACAAGUCCUUCUCAAGAGGCUGGAGGCAUUCAGCCAGGAUCACGAUGCCUGGCAGCGAGUCCUUCCAGGCGCACGAAGAUCUCACAAAGGCCCUCAAAAUCAUCAUGCUCAAGAUACAGGUAGCAGGAAGGGCAAGAGAGGCCCUGCAAAGCGGUCAGCAAAACGUCGGGCACUGCUGCUGGGUGGCAGUAGCAGUGAUGCUGCAGUCCCAUCUGCUACUGAAAGGUCGAAAGACACCCGAACGCAGGCAGAAAAGGCAGCCGUCCUUGACUGGGCACGAAUGACUCUCACUCUAUAUCCUUACCAGCCUCCCCCGGCUGUUGCAGUAACAACAGGUCACGGUGGCGGGCCACUAGGUGCGCCGUCAGGUAUGAGCCUUGCACGGGCCCCUGCAAGUCAAUCACCUGGUCUCCCCUCCCCAUCUGCCGAUGCUCGCUGUCCCUCACCGGCGAGUGGGGACACCUCUCCUACCGUCAUGGCUACUGAUCCAUCUUCUGUCGUUCGCAUGCUAACACUUGGUGAUGGGACUGUUCUCGCCUUCACACUCGCUGACAUUGGUGACCCCACAGCCAUGGGAUUCAGCAAGGACAUCCCAAGGCUCAAUUCCAUGUGGGACGACACUUCCCCUCACUGGACUGGCCAGUCCACCCUUACCAUCAAGGGCUGUCCGAUUGCGAUCAAAUACUGGCCCAAGGUGUACCAUUAUGCACACAACCGACAAUGGAAAGGGAUCAAACACAACUGGACAUGCUGGAAGUACAUUGUAGAGUGCUACCGUCAAGGCACCCCGGAUGAGUUUUGGUGCAGGUUUAGUGAGAACGGGAGGCCGAUGAGUUACACUCGUAUUCUUGUCCUCCUUCGUGAGGCUCGGAAGAAAGAAGAUCAGGAAGCUGUGUGGAAAGCGGCAGAAGAAUUUGGCGAAUCUUUUGAUAUGCAGUGCAUGUACAGAAAAGGCAGCAACAUCCAUGUCCUGACCCAGCCUCGGGCUAUCGCAAAACGGCUGCACAGGCUGAGUGAUGGGCAUGGCAGGGAUGAGGGCGGUUCUAUUUAGCUGCAUAUUAUCUAGCAUACAUAACUCUGUGGUACGAGACAUAGAUCGUGCAUUGUAUCA